GAAAAAAUGAAGCUGAGGAAAGAAAGAUGGCUACAGAAAAUAGAAAGUGUGAAGCUAGCCAAGCAGAAGCAAAAAGCUGAAGCAAAGCGAAAGGCAACACCUGUUGUGGGAGACAUGCAGCCACUGAUGGAAGCCCUGCCUGAGCUCUCUGAUCUGACCACAGGUAUCAAGGGCAGGAAGCCAUCCAAGAGGCAUGUAAAAGCAAAGGCAGAACCAGCAGAUUUCUGUAUGAUGAAACAAGCUCAGAAACACAGGCUCUUAGAAGAGGAAAUGGCCCAGUUUCAUGAGGUCAUCGCAGAUCCCAGAUACAAAGCCCACCCCCUCUUGGUCAUCAGUGAGCAUCUCUCCAAGAGGCUAAGGCAGGAAGAAGGCAAGCCCCUCUAGGGCAUCGGCUGGGACCAAGUGUGCACGAUGAAGCUGGUGCACAGGCUCCAGACCACAAAUAAGCACAUCCUGAAUGUGACCUAUUAGCCACUUCAGUCCUUGGAAAAAGUCCAGCAUAUUAUUCAACCCAACAGUCCUGCUUUCUGUCUACAGGAAUAACGCAGUUCCCUCCUGAUGGUGGUGGCUGCUCCUUGGCAAACAGCCUGCAGUGAGCAGGAUGUUCUCUGAGAUAUUUGCACAAACCAACCUUCCUGUGAAAAGUCUUGACACUUUUUCUCUUUUGGUGGCACAAUUCUUUAAUUUGUGCCAGAGGUGAUGUUUUUGUUGCCCCCUCCAAUCCUUGCUGACUACUAUGAAAAGAAGUUCUGUUGUGAAUGUUGAAGAUCACAAGCCCUAGAGCCCAGGAUGCUGUUGUAGAUCUGUGUAAGGACUGAUUCUGCUGUUCAGAGCCAUUGUUUUGUGUGAAGAAUUUAGCUUUGGAAUAAACGCACUUUCGUACAGUA